UUGCACAACACGAUGAGUGGAACUAGAAGUUACCUAUUGCAUGUUAGAAACUGCUCCACAGGCUUUGAAAACAGAAAGGAGAGCUUGCUGAGAGUACAGCCCAUGCUUACAGUUAAACUGAUUUCCUCAUGUUGUUUCUGGAUUAGAGCCAGAAUCAACUGUGCCAGUUGCUAAUCAAAUAAUGGAGAAGACAAUUUACAAAUGCUGCCUUCGGUUAGCAGUUCCUGGGAGGCUGUGUCUGGACUGAGCCUAGGCGAGGACUGAUUCACUUUGACUUGAGGCUUUGAUCCGGUCGAUUCCCAUCAUUCUGUGUGACAGAAGGCUGAGUAUUCUUUCUGUGUGAAGAAUGAGGGACAUUCGCGGUUUGGUCCUGGUCUCCAUUGCUCUGAUAAUGGGCAGGAAAAGCUGGGCCCUCGAGGAUGUGCACUGUCUGCGGGAGCAGGAGAGGCUCCGAUCUCAGGUGCACCAGCUUGAGACCCGGGUCAAACAGCUGCAGGUCACGAUCGCACAGCUCGCGCACGAGAAGGAAGUCCAGUUCCUGGAUAAAGGACAAGAGGACAAUUUCAUCGACUUUGGAGGCCAGAGGCAAUAUGCAGAUUGCUCAGAGAUUUACAACGAUGGAUUUAAACAGAGUGGAUUUUACAAAAUCAAACCUCUCCGGAGCCAGGCAAAAUUCUCUGUGUAUUGUGACAUGUCUGACGGAGGAGGCUGGACUGUAAUUCAGAGACGAUCUGACGGCAGUGAGAACUUUAGCAGGGGUUGGAAUGACUACGAAAGUGGCUUUGGGAACUUUGUCCAAAGAAAUGGUGAAUAUUGGCUGGGUAAUAAAAACCUUAACUUACUGACUACGCAAGGAGAUUAUACUUUAAAAAUUGACCUGACAGAUUUUGAGAAAAAUAGUCGCUUUGCACAAUACAAACAUUUUAAAGUUGGUGAUAAAAAGUCCUUUUAUGAACUGAACAUUGGAGAAUAUUCUGGAACAGCCGGCGACGCCCUUUCAGGGACCUUUCACCCUGAAGUGCAGUGGUGGGCUAGUCAUCGAAGAAUGAAGUUCAGCACGUGGGACAGAGACAAUGACAACUACGACGGGAACUGUGCUGAGGAGGAGCAGUCUGGCUGGUGGUUUAACAGGUGUCACUCUGCAAACCUGAAUGGGGUGUACUAUCAGGGCCCCUACACAGCAGAGACGGAUAAUGGAGUCGUCUGGUACACCUGGCAUGGAUGGUGGUAUUCCUUGAAAUCCGUGGUUAUGAAAAUUAGGCCAAAUGAUUUUAUUCCAAAUGUCAUUUAGUUGUUCCAAAUUGGCCUCUUUCUGCAAUUUAUAUUCGUUUGAAAUAUUUGAGAAAUACAAUCCUGAAUAAAUAUUUGCAUGGUGUUGGCAA